AUGACGCGCCACAACCUGCACGAGCAUCUCGGCUGGUUGUUGCGUGCGAAGCCCUCCAUUCCCGCUGAGUCGACCAUCUUGCCGCCCGUGUCGGCAUCGUUUCCCACCAUUGGCGCCACUCAGAGCGCCGAGACAUUCGACGACGACAUCGACGCAGAGGAGGAGGUGCUCGCGAGCAUACGACAGGAGGAGAAUAGCAGGACGCCGACUGUCCCACCGACGGAGAGGAAUACCAGUACAGCAGACAUGGCGAGGACCAGGGUGGCGCCCAGCUCAGCCAGCAAGCCUCAUACCCAUGCGACUACAGCCAACAUGUACUCCGCUGCUUCGUCCACCAAGACAGCACCCAGAACAGUCCCGCCACAGACUCGAGCACCGCUAUCAGUCCCGAGGCAGCCCACCUUUCAGCGGACACCUCUUACCACCAAGUCCACGAUUACGACCGCGAACAUACUCGAGGACAUUGAGAUUAUGGAUCUCACAGAGGGCGUCAGCGAGCUGUGUAGUCCAUCGUCCAAGAUGCAGGCCACUCUCACAGCUGGCAGAAAGAGGAAGAGUGACGAGUAUGAGGCCGACAUGCGAGGUGGAGUCGCGGAGAUGCAGAGCCUGGCUGAGAAUGUCAUGCCGUUUCGCCCUUCACAGGAGUUCCAAUCGAUCGAUGAUCUCGAAGACAGUCCGACGAAGCAGGAUGUAGCACCGUCAGAGCCACCACCACCAUACUCCACAAUCCCACCGAGAGCGAAGACACCUGCAUAUCGUGCACCGUCGAAGACCCCAAUGCCUGCCGUCCAAGAGACUUCAACUACAACGACAAGGAUAUACGGAGAUGUGGAGAUGCCUGAUUCGGAAGAUGAGUUCGACUUGAUGGACUUUUCGGCGCAGAAACCUGUGGCUGCACCUCCGUCUCGUGUUUCGCCUGCGAAGAGCAAACCAGUUGCGAUCAAGCGGGAACCUGUUCCGGGAGAACACUUUUCACGCCCUGUUUCAAGAGCGCGCGAAGAGAAGAGCACCGUGCAGUAUCCGGAUCUCGGCAAUGCCUUCGUCAAAGAGAAAUCUCCCGUGUGCUCACCAACAAGAGGACCACUUCAUGGUCAUGGGCAGGUCUCACCACGACGACCACAACAGUCUGUACUUCAAGCCAAGGUACCUCUGGCAGAUCCUACUCCUGCGCAGACCCCCGCCACCCAAGUUGCCUCUCCAGUGACCAAAGAGCUGACUGAGCUAUUGAAGAGCCUGUUCGAAGCCGACGAUUCUCUUUUCAGCAAAGCCCUGCAAAUUCUCGAAGCACGGAACGAGAGUGUCUGCAACGAGAUGACGGAUCGACUGGACGAAGGAAAUGAUGAUAUCGAUGACCUGCAAGCCGAGCUAGAGAGCAUAGAUGCACGGAAAGGGGCGCUGGAAGCCUUACAAGAGAAGCGAUCGCGUUAUCAGAAGCUGGUUGAUGAGAAAGCUCGUCUUCGCAAUGCACUGAACCAGGCCAUUAAAGCACGUCAGGAUAUGGCUGCGGCCAGGACCGCGAACGAUGCUGGCAAAGUGCGCCUCGAUGAGAUGGAGAAAGCAUGCUUGUCACUAUUGCAGACCUGCGAAAGCGAUGUCAAGAAGGCGCUCAGCUCGACCGGGCGCGGUCUUGACUUGUCUGUGGCUGCUCAGCGAGUCGCCGUGAAGUCAACUCAGGCACAAGCACAAAGCUUCCGAGAACAAGGACCAGCCAUUCCGAGCUCUAGCCGCAUCGCGCAGACACAGAUCCAGCCGUCGAUGCCCCCUCCUGCACUGCCUAGACACAAGCAGACAGCCUCGCCGUCUCGGAGAAACAAUAUACAACCACAUAAUCACUCAAGGACAACAUAUGACGAAACUGACCUUGACGACGAUACCUUCGGCGACCAUGACGAGGCGAAUUAUCAGACAAACGACAGUACCAUGUUCAGCAGCCGCAUGGGCACUCCUCCGCGAGCAUACCAUGAUGACGAGGAUGAAUUCGGCAUGGAAGAUGAUGUUGACAUGCUUGAUGACAUCGACCACUAUGCCCAGCCUGUAACGAAGCCUCAAAGCUUUCCAUCUCGACCUGUGUUCGCGGAGAGAUCUGGCAAUAGCCAAGCGAGGCCUCCUUCUGCAGCCAAGAUGAAGAAGACUCCUGCGAAGGACCUCGCUGCGAUCGAGCGUAAGAACUUUGGAUACCCCUGGUCUGAUGAAGUGAAGAGGACAUUGAAACAGACCUUCAAGCUUCAAGGAUUCCGUGAGAACCAGUGUGAAGCCAUCAACGCGACUCUUGGCGGCAAAGAUGCGUUUGUGCUGAUGCCCACCGGUGGCGGCAAGUCGCUGUGUUAUCAAUUACCUAGUCUCGUCCGUGGUGGCAAGACAAGGGGCGUCACUAUUGUGAUCUCGCCGCUGCUGAGUUUGAUGGAAGAUCAAGUCCAACAUCUGAGGAACCUCAACAUCCAGGCAUUCCUCAUCAACAGCGAAACCACCAAGGAAGAAAGAGGCUUCCUGCUCGACUCGCUCAAGAAUCCGGACGUCGAGAAGUUUAUCACCCUUCUCUAUGUCACACCGGAGAUGCUUAGCAAGAGCGCUGCAAUCAACAACGCGUUCGCGCGGCUCCAUCAGAGCAAACGCCUUGCAAGACUUGUCAUCGACGAAGCUCACUGUGUAAGUCAAUGGGGUCAUGACUUCCGUCCCGAUUACAAGGAGAUAGGUGAAGUGCGCAAAAGACUACCCGGCGUGCCAGUCAUGGCUCUGACGGCCACGGCUACCGAGAAUGUCAGGCUGGACACGAUUCACAACCUUGGCAUCGAUGGCUGCGAAGUCUUCACGCAAAGCUUCAAUCGCCCGAACCUCUACUAUGAGGUUCGCAUGAAGGGCAAAGGCAAGAGCGACCUGAACAGUAUCGCAUCUCUCAUCAAGGACGAUCAUCCGAAGCAGACGGGUAUCAUCUAUUGUUUCUCACGCAAGGACUGUGAGAAUAUGGCAAAUGCCUUGAAGGCUCUUGGGAUCAAAGCUCAUCAUUAUCACGCCGGAAUGGAAGGUCCCGAAAAAGCCAACGUGCAGAAAGAAUGGCAAGCCGGCAGAUAUCAUGUUAUCGUUGCCACCAUUGCGUUCGGAAUGGGGAUCGAUAAGCCUAACGUGCGGUUCGUGAUCCACCACAGCAUACCAAAGUCGUUAGAAGGCUACUACCAAGAGACUGGCAGAGCAGGAAGAGAUGGCAAACCUUCGUCAUGCUAUCUAUUCUAUGGUUUCGGGGACGCUAGCAAACAGAAACGCUUCAUCGACGAGGGAGAAGGCAGCCACGAACAGAAAGAACGUCAACGGCAGAUGCUGAAGAAGAUGACGCAGUACUGUGACAAUCGCAGCGACUGUCGCCGCGUGCAGGUUCUCAGCUACUUCAGCGAACGUUUUGACCCCGAAGAUUGUGACGGAGGUUGUGACAACUGCACCUCAGAUUCCAGCUUCCACGACGUCGACUACACAGAUUAUGCUGAGAAGGCCAUCGAACUUGUACGGAAAGUGCACAAGGAGAAGGUGACACUAUUGCACUGCAUCGAUGUCUUCAGAGGCGGCAAGAGCUCGAAGAUCACACAAUUGUCUCAUGAUAGCCUUGAGGAAUACGGCUGGGGUAGCGAGCUUGACCGCACCGACCAAGAACGACUUUUCUAUCGCCUCCUGAGUGAGGAUGCUAUACGGGAAGAGAACAUUGUCAACAAGUCGGGCUUCGCUGCAAACUACAUCAUGUUGGGAAGCAGGUGCCGAGAGUUCCAUUCUCGCAAAGGAGGAACGAAGCUGAUGCUGCAAGUCCGGAAGUCACCAUCGAAAGCAAAAGCAUCGAAAGUGUCCAAGACAGCUCCGAAAGCGAGGAAAUCUGGAGGCAAUACUGGCGUGCGCCAAGCGCCAUUGUCGACCAAUGUUUCGUCACCAAUACAAGCUGCCUCGAAGCGAAAGAAGCCGGCUCAACAAGCCAAUCUACGGGAUAUGCACGCCAAUGGGUACCAGCGUGAUGAGUUCGUGGUGUCUGACCCCGAAGAUGGAGACUACCACAGCUCCAGUGAUGGGUUUGAGCCAGUACGAGUUGCUGGCAAGACCAGGACUGCUAAGAAGGCAAGAGAGCUCGGUCCUCCCAUCACCACCGAUAAUGUCAUGGACAGGCUCCCCGAGGUUCAUAGGAUCUUGGUUGAAGACUUCAUGAACCAUGGCGAGAAGAAGGUCAAGGACAUACAGACGAAGAGAAAUCUGGCCAUGGUGCCGUUCACCAACACUGUCCUGCGCCAAAUGGCCAUCCAUUUCACCGACACCGAGCAAAAGAUGGCCGAGAUUCCUGGCAUCGAUGUUGAUAAGGUACGGGUCCAUGGCAAGCAUCUCACCAAGCUUGUCAGAGACUUAAAGCAACGGUACGAAGAGAUGACGGGCGGCGCUGUGGACGAAGACGACGAGGAUGAGCCCGCGAACCCUCACAACAGGAACGUGAUCGAUCUGGUCAGCGAGGAUGAGGACGACUUUGGCAGCAUGCCCCCAAUGAGCGAAGACGACGAUGAAUAUGAUGACGACGGGGAGGGCGAGUCAAGCCACUACUUCCCUGCGCACGCAGAGACACAGGAUGCCGCUGUCCAGGCCUUCAAUGCCAAGUUUUCGUACUCGCAAUCAUUGGGUAUGCGCACAUUGCCUGCAUCUCAACCAGCCAAAAAAUCACCGAAAGGCCGGAAACGCUACACUGCGAAGGAGAAAGUCAGCGGUGCUGGUCGGGGUCGAGGCAGCUGGGGCAAAGGAGACGGCUCUCGCAAGGCUUCUGGAGGUAGUGCCUCUGGUGCUGGUGUUGCGAAGAAGAAAGCGCCUGCUCGAUCAAAUACGCGAGGGCCUGCGAAGGGCGGCGGAGGAGGAUUUGGAGAGAGCGGCAUCAACUUGAUGCCCGCAUGA